CAAAUGCUCUGGUUGGACGUCUCAUAUUUACGUAGAAGUUUAUUUAUCGCUAAAAUACCAAAUUCUUUUCAAUGUACCAGCAUUUAUUGUAAGAAAUGUCUUUCCCAAAGAUCGAAGGAUAUGUAGUAACUGAGAAAUUGGGCUGCGGCAGUUAUUCCACUGUCUAUAAAGCUUAUACCAAGGUGGGCGCCAGGAGUGCGGUAGCUGUGAAGUGCAUCGACAAGUGCCGCGUGAAGCACUCCGGCGCCGCCAUUGACAACCUGGUGAGCGAAAUCCGCCUGCUGAAGACGCUGUCGCACCCGCACAUCGUGCAAAUGAAGGAGUUCACAUGGGACGACAGGAACAUUUAUAUAAUAAUGGAGUACUGCUGCGGAGGUGACCUCUCCAAAUACAUACGCCGCUACGGACGCAUCCCGGAGAAGAAAGUGCUGUAUUUCUUGCAACAGUUAGCGUCGGCAUUAAAAUUUUUAAGAGAAAAAGGCGUGGUGCACAUGGACCUCAAGCCACACAACCUGCUGUUGCGGAAGGGCUCGGACGGGAAACACAUACUCAAGGUAGCCGACUUUGGGUUCGCGCAGCACCUGUCGGAGCGCGGCGCGCGCGGCGUGCGCGGCUCGCCGCUGUACAUGGCGCCCGAGAUGCUGCUCGGCGCGCCCGACGCGCGCGUCGACCUGUGGAGCGUGGGUGUGAUCCUGUACGAGUGCCUGUUCGGGCGCGCGCCCUACUCCUCCGCCACGUUCAAUGAGCUGAUAGAGAAGAUCCAGCGCCGCGCGCCCAUCGAGAUCCCGGCCAACGCGGCCAUCUCCCCCGGCUGCCGCGACCUGCUGACGAGACUUCUCCAGCACGAGCCGGAGCGGCGGAUAUCGUACGACGACUUCUUCGCGCACGAGUACCUCGACCUGGAGCACAUGCCUUCCAAGGAGAACUACAAUAAGGCGGUGUCGCUGAUAAAGCUGGCAAUAGACCUGGAAUGCGCGGGGCGACUCGCCGAAGCGCUGGUAGCCUACGGCGACAGCUUGAGAUACUUGGUGCCGGCGGUGGGGGCGGAGAGCGACCCGGUGCGGCGCAGUGCGCUGGCGGCCAAACUGAGACAGUACAUGGACCGCGCGGAGGAGAUCAAGCGGAUAGUGACGGGGCAACCCGCACCAGUGAACUCAGUCACGCAGCCCGCCACACCGCAUGCUGGUAGCAUCGCGGACACCAGCGAGAGGCGUGCGGCUCCAACGUUAUCGUCGCAGGCGGACACGACUGGCGACGUGAACGGCGCUCUUAAUGGGGCCGCGCCGGAAGCUAAGCCGAGGCAGGACAAGCGCGGAGCCCUAGCGAGGUUGCUGCGAAGGCCGGUGCCCUACCUCGACAGAGACACGACGGAAGAAACGCAAGAUAAACCUCAGAAGAACGACGAACCGAACGACAACUGCAAGAUCACGUAAAUAACACUUUCACGCAGCGACGGAUUCACGCGGUGCUUUGCACUUUUAUCACUGAGGAACGCUCGGUUACUAUAACAUAGAUGUAAGGCAUUUUUUUUUUUACUGCAAACCAGCCCUUCCUAUAGGUUUCUACGCGGCAUCGUACCGGAACGCUGAAUCGCUUAGCUGCAUGUCUUUGUUUGUGGGGUCGUAACUAGCCACGACCAAAGCCUCCCACCAGAUCAUACCAUAGAACAUUCAGGAUUUGUAAAUUCUCAAAUUGACCUCCAGCGGGACGUAUAUUGGUAAGCGGGCUAACCUGUUAGGGAUAUGACAGCUAUAUGAAACCCUGAAAUACGGGUGAUGACGUAUAUCGCGACCGGCUUUUAUUUUUUUUAAUAAAUAACUACGAUAUUGUGUGCAUCGCCACCUAGCCCCAAAGUAAGCGUAGCUUGUGUUAUGGGUACUAAGAUGACUGAUGAAUAUUUUUUUAAAUAACUAGCGGACCCCAGCGCUACUGUCGGGCUGAUUUGUGAAUCGAAACCAUUCAGGGUACCACCCAAACGCAUACCGAAAAAUUCAUUCGAAUCGGUCCAGCCGGUUAGGCGGAGUUCAGUGACAUACACACGCACACAAGAAAUAUAUAUAUAAAGAUAACUAGCU